AUGGAAGUGGAACCAAGUCUUCCAUGGGUUGAGAAAUAUCGACCCACCACAAUUUCGGGUGUUCAAGGCCAUGAAUACAUAUUGGAGUCAUUACAACAGUUUAUCUCAGCAAAUCAAUUACCACACCUUCUGUUCUAUGGACCGCCAGGAACAGGAAAAACAACGACGGCUCUGGCAAUUGUGAAACAAAUUUGUGGACCCAAAUAUACAGCGCUGGUGCUUGAAUUGAAUGCGUCAGACGAACGUGGAAUUAAUGUUGUCAGAGAACAAAUCAAGUCCUUUGCGUCGACGCGUACACUUUACACCAAUUGCACCAAAUUCAUUGUGUUGGACGAAAGCGACAAGUUAACAAAAGACGCUCAGAACGCGCUUCGAAGGACUUUAGAACAGUACUCUGGUAACUGCAGAUUUGUGUUUAUAUGCAAUGAAGUCAAUUUGAUAACCCCAGCGAUCCAAUCCCGUUGUGCGAAAUUUAGGUUUGGUCCGUUGUCGCCAGAGGCGUUGAAAAAGAUUAUGAAACACAUCACGGACGAAGAGAAGAUGGUUGUCGACGAAGACGCGCAACAGUCCCUCAUCGACAUAUCUAAAGGCGACGCGCGGACCAUCAUCAAUACACUUCAAGCUCUCUCAAUGACGUGCAACCAAAUUUCUAAUGAAACACUCUUCGCUAUGGUCGGGCUCCCAACGCCACAACAGAUCACUAAUAUCUUCGUUCAGAUGUUAUCUUCUGAUUUUAUUGGAGCAUAUAAAGCCAUUGAAGACUUGAUCGUCGGCGGGUUAUCACUCAAUGACAUCAUCAAUCGGGUAGUUCCUAAACUUGUCGACAUCAAGGUGAGAGAGGGGAUCGACAAGAAUGCGAGAAUUAAGUGCGUCACAGCACUCGCUACCAUUGAGAGAAAUCUCUCUGUUGGAGGAAACGAGAAGACACAGACAGCCGCGUUCGCAGCGGCACUUCAGCUUCUCAAGAUUGAGGCAAAAAUCGACUAG